AUGCAAACCAAAGUCUUAUUCGAAUUAUUGACCACCUUGGCCUUAGCCUCUUCUGCCAAAGCCUCUAUUGCUCAUACUUUAUCCAACGCUGAAUUGAUCUCUCAAAUCACUGAUGGUCAAAUUCAAGCUCCAACUGAUACCGUUACUUCAACAUCAGCAACUUCUACUCUUGCUGCAGUUGCCUCUACCUCAACCACUUCCUCAGCUGAAUCCACCUCUACUCUUGCUGCAGUCGGAUCUACUUCUACUACUGCUACUUCUACUAGCGAAGACACUGUCUAUGUCACUGCGUAUGUGACUGCUGUCUCCACCACUACCACCACCACUUGUCCAUGCAGUGAAGCUUCAACCACUUCCGCUACUUUAGAAGGUACCAUCUCUACCAGCGAAUCAUACGACUCUUCCACUUCCAGUGAAGAUACCGUUUACGCUACUGUCACCACCACUGCAGUUUCUACCGAAACCACCACCACUUGCCCAGUGACCACCACUUCCACCCCACUUAGUACCAUUUCUACUUCUGAGGCUUACGAUUCAGUGUCUUCUACCUCUACUACUUCUAGUUCCACCACCGAAGAAGACACCGUCUAUGUCACUGCUUACGUCACUGCUGUCUCUACUACCACCUCCUACACUUGUCCAUGCACCGAAGCCUCAACCACUUCUGCUACUUUGGCAGGUACCAUCUCUACCAGUGACGCUUACGAUGAAACUUCAUCUUCUACCCUCGAUGCUACGUAUAGCGAAUCUACCACUUCAUAUUAUGAAACCACCAGCAGUUCUUCAUCUAGUACCCUCGAUGCUUAUGCCAGUACCUCUUACUCUUCUUACUCAACCUACAACAGCUCUAACCUGACUACCGCUAGUAUUAACUACUUGGGUGAAGCUGGAUCUUUGAAGACUUUCUCUGGUUCAUUAUUGUUGGGUGUCGGUGCUCUCUUGCUCUUGUGA